AUGAGUACCUCUAACUGUAGAUACUACGAAAACAAGUACCCUGAAGUGGACGAAGUUGUGAUGGUGAACGUUCAGGAAAUCGCAGAAAUGGGAGCCUACGUUAAGUUGUUGGAAUACGAUAAUAUCGAAGGUAUGGUCUUAUUGUCCGAAUUAUCGAGAAGACGUAUUCGUUCCAUUCAAAAGUUGAUCCGUGUUGGUAAGAAUGAAGUUGCCGUCGUAUUGAGAGUCGAUAAGGAAAAGGGUUACAUUGAUUUAUCUAAGAGAAGAGUCUCUGCUGAAGACAUUGUCAAGUGUGACGAAAGAUAUAACAAGUCCAAGGCUGUUCACUCCAUCUUGAGACAUUGUGCCGAAAAAUUCUCCAUUUCAUUGGAAGAGUUGUACCAGACUAUUGGCUGGCCAUUAAGCAGAAAGUUCGGACACGCUUACGAUGCCUUCAAGUUGUCUAUCACUGAUCCAACUAUCUUCGAUGGUGUAACUGCCCCAUCUAAGGACGUAUUGGAAGAAUUAAAAUUGUACAUUUCCAGAAGAUUGACUCCUCAACCAAUCAAAAUCAGAGCUGAUAUCGAAGUAUCAUGUUUCAGUUAUGAAGGUAUCGAUGCUAUCAAGAAGGCUUUAAAGGCUGCUGAAGACGAAUCUACUGAACAAAUGAUCGUCAAGGCUAAGUUAGUUGCUGCUCCGUUAUAUGUCAUUUCCACUCAAGCAUUAGACAAGAACCAAGGUAUCGCCUUGUUGGAAAAGGCUAUUGUAAAGAUCACCGAAUCUAUUGAAGGUUCCGAUGGUAUCUGUAAAGUCACAAUGGCUCCUAAGGCUGUUACUGCUACAGAAGAUGCUGAGUUACAAGCAUUGUUGGAAAGGAAAGAAGCCGAAGAUAAGGAAUCUUCAGAUGAAGAGGAUGACGAGUAG